UCAGCCGCACCGUGGAGGGGGCCGUCCCUGUUGGAGGAAAUCAGCCCGCGGUAGGCCCACCUAUAGUGAUCAUUUGAAAAAUAUCUCCCAUUUAGAGAUAGUGUGAGUCGACUGUGCGACGGAAUCAUAAGGGGACAAGUCGACGGCUAUUUGUAAAUAGUUAUUCGGCCAAGAUGGAUGUCUUUAUGAAGGGUUUGUCUAAAGCGAAAGAGGGGAUGGCUGUGGCCGCGGAGAAGACCAAGGAAGGAGUUGCGGUGGCGGCUGAAAAGACUAGAGAAGGAGUUAUGUUUGUAGGUAACAAGGCCAAAGACAGCGUGGGCACAGUGGCUGAGAAGACCACUGGAGCCUACGGGAACAUUGUCGCUGCCACUGGCCUCGGGAAAAAGGACGAGUUUCCUGCUGACAUGAAUCCUGAGGAGUACGGGCAGGAGGCCAUGGAGGGCCAGGGAGAUGCAAUGCUGCAGCCAGAAGGGGAGACAUAUGAUGAGUCCCAGCAGGAGAGCCAGGACUACGAGCCAGAAGCAUAAAAGCACCAGUCCAAGCCACCAACCAACCAGCAGCACAAUAAUAUUUCUAACAAUAAAAAGGACAAAUGCUGAAACCAUUACAAUUAUACCCUGUUGCAAAAAAACACAACAAAAAGACAAGCAUUCCCACUGAAAAAUGUUCUUCCUUCAAGACAAAACUUUUAUUAUUAUAUAUUGUAAAUGUCAUGUUAUUAAUGUAAUGUGUUGAGUGUAGGUAUUUAUUGAGAUGUAGGAGUUGUCCUCUCUGUCUCAUUUCCUUGACUCCCUCCCAAUGAAAUGAGACCAGAGCCAGGGCUAGUGACUUUGUGCUUGUGUGUAUCUGUAUUUAAAAGAAAUGUGCAAUAGAUGUUCAUCCUCUUCCAAUGAGACAUUGGGAGUGGGAAAAAAUAAAUAUGUCCGGUUGCAAGCAGAUAUGAAAACAAUAAUAUCCUCCUGAGUGUCGACAAUGCCUGUUUGUGGAUUCUUUCCUUUUUUUUCUGCAUUUCUCUGGAAAUUUCUUUGAACUUUUUUCAAUUAAGAGUUUUUUUUUUACAUUGUAUCUUUAUAGUUGCUCGUGAAAUCAUUCCAGUAAAUCUGUUAGAAAUUGACAGAGUAUACAUGUUUGUGUGUGUGUGUGCGUGUGUUUGUGUGUACUGAAGAUUUUAACAAGUUAAAGUCAAUAUAUUAUGUCUUGAAAUCAUAA